AUGUCCUGGAAUGCGUCUGUCCUCAGCUCCGUAUCCUCAGAUACGGAGCCUACUGUUGUCAUCGCCUUUGACUCUGCUAAGUACAUCUUCAAUGUCGGUGAGAAUACUACCCGCGCGUUUCUCCAGAGCAGGAGGAACUGGAAGAAGACUAGAGGCGUGUUCGUGACUUCUGUAGGCACCCAGCGAGCGAGCGGCCUGCCAGGUUUAUUGAUGACCCUUGCGGACUCGGGUCUUACCAGCCUCAAUAUCGCCGGGCCAGCCGGGCUGUUGCACUUCAUGGCAGUUAUGCGCAAAUAUACAUUCAGGGAAAAUUUGUCCGUGAACCCGAUCGAAAUACCUACUUCCCGCCUCCCGGAUGAAUCAACUGAUGAUAUACCCAUCUACAAGGACGAUAAUAUUUCUGUGUUUGUAUUACCAGUUUCUGCUGAGAUACAUUCACUGGAAUCCUCGGGAUCGGUCACACUGCCACACUCCGAAACCGAAACCAGUGUCGUCAACAGGAGAUCGGGAAAAAGGAAACGUUCGCCUUCCCCUGCUGCACCAUCGCUACAGGAAGUCAUAUCUCACCCUGACUUCGACCCUGCCACGCUCGUCGGCGAUAUGGCACAAGAAUGGCUUCGUCACAUCGUGCGCACAAUGUUUCCCGGGUCUGCCGCUAAACCCGUUAGUUCAUCCGUGAAGGUCGAACAUGUCUCUCAGCCAUCAAGCUUCAAUCAUCCCUUACCUUCAUUACCCGAAUCCAAUCUACGUGCAACGCUCGCAUAUGCGGUGGUUGGUCCGCGGGUUCGGGGAAAGUUUGAUGUCAAGCGCGCGGAGGCACUUGGCCUGAAUGCUGGACCGUUACGCGCACGGGUUGCAAGGGGGGAGACAGUAACUGUAGUUGGCAAAGAUGGAGUGGAGAGAAACGUUGGACCGAGUGAUGUUGUAGGUGCUAGUGAGGAUCCUGGGGUCGUCUUAAUACUGGACACGCCCAGCACUGCACAUAUACCUUCUCUUGUGAAGGGUUUUGAAAGUGGUGUGUUCUCAAAAUACUGGGGCAAGGGGCCGGAGAAGAAAGAUCACGCACUGAGAGUUAUCUUUCAUCUUUGUGGCAAUGACGUAUUUGAUCAUGAGCAAUAUAAGGCGUUCAUGAAAAGGUUCGAGGACGAUGUACAUCAUAUCGUUGCGUCUAGAGAUCACGUAUCAGAUCCUAUCACAUUCACUAGCGCGGCGUUCAACCAGCUGAGGCUCAAUCACCUGGAUAGCGACAUUUUCCCUGUGCCCAAAUAUUCUCUAGAGGCUAAGAAAGCUCUCGAUAUAGCAACGAAUCUCCCAUCCAAUACCGACUGCAUGCGUGCGCAUACUAUCAUCGACAUCCGUCCGCCACGGCCACCACUACGAGACCCUGAGGCACAAGCGAAUGACCUCUUCCACCCUGCUGUAUUGUCUGGCGAGUCUCCAUCACUCUCUGACGCUGCCAGAACACAAUUUUCUGAGGUACGAGCGCGCAUCGACGAGGCCACAGUACCCGACGUCAUGGGCAAGGAUGUCACGGUGGUCACACUCGGAACGGGCAGUGCUAUACCUAGCAAGUACCGAAAUGUUUCUGGUACACUCCUGUGUAUCCCGGGAACAGGGUAUAUUCUCCUGGAUGCAGGAGAGGGGACAUGGGGACAACUCUCCAGGAACUAUGGAGCCGCUGUGUGGGACGUUUUGAGGGAUCUGAAGUGCAUCUUCAUUAGCCACAUUCACGGUGACCACCACAUUGGUCUCGCAAAAAUUUUGGCGAUGAGACAACAGCUUGACCCGCCCCCGGAAGAACCACUCUACCUCAUCAGUAAUCGCAUGAUAUUCCUUUAUCUUCGGGAUUACAAUGCGCUUGAGGAGCUUGGGUUCUCGGAGGAUGCUCGGGCUCGUGUAAUACCUAUUCUGAGUGAUGAGAUUCAUUGGCGCAACAAGGGACGGGGUGGGUGGAAUUACGGUGACCAAGAUCAGAAGGGAUCGAGGCUUGCAGCUGGAGCGUUGUGCAGAACGCUUGGAUUACAGAGAAUAAACACCGUCGAUGUGGAGCAUCGCGCAAGGUGCCAUGGGUUAAUUGUCAGGCAUCUGGAUGGGUGGUCUGUCGUGUUCUCGGGUGACACAGUCCCAACCCAAAAGCUCGUGCAGGCGGGCGCUGGGGCCACUCUGCUGAUCCACGAAGCCACCAUGGCCGACGAUCAGGUUGAAAUGGCGCGCGCCAAGAUGCACAGCACCUUUGGGCAGGCAAUCGAUAUAGGCAAGAACAUGAAUGCACAAAACAUCCUCCUUACGCACUUCUCGGCCCGCUACCCCAAGAUGCCACCUUCUGUAUCUGAGCGUCAAGCUGGCGACCCUGUUGUCGCAUUUGCAUUCGACCAUGCUAACAUCAAGAUAGGGGACAUGUGGAAGAUGAGCGCGUAUGCAUGCGCGAUCGAGCAGAGUUUUAUUGAUAUCGCUGAUAUUGAGGGGGAGGAACUGGAGGCUAUUGACGCGAUACACAUAGAUAUCAGUUGA